GCUUUGGCAGCCGCGCCGGGGCCCUGGCGGAACGCCCUGCCCUGCCUCGCCUCUCCAUAAGUGGGACGCCGUGCGCCUGCUCGCCGCUGGACUCGUCUCUUGCAGGGCCGUGACUCGCUGCCCGCCCACCCUGCCAUGGCGAAGGAAGCGCCCGCACAGCCGCGCCCCCGGGCAGUCAAAGUUGGAGGCAAGAGAGUUUCGAAAAAGCAAGAAAAUGGAGCUGUUGAGAAAAAUCCCAAGAACCCUGGAAAAGAGAAGACAAGCACAAGUGUUACUCUUACAAGAAUGCAAAAUGUGCGUGUCUUACUAGCUGAUGCAUUGGAGAAAAUCAGCCAUAAAUUUCCUGCAGCAGCUGCAGCACAAGUGGCUCAUCAAAAACCACGACCAACCCUGGAGAAGAUUAUAUGGCCCAGAAGAAUAUGCAUUAUCCAACAACCUCGGAAAUGUUAAGAUGUAAAGCAAAAUAGCCAUCUCUACUUGAAAAUGCGCUUCUCUAACCGCAGUCGGCUCUUUAAUGUUUGCAAAAGGACCAAAACAGAGGGAAAUAUUGGCUGGCUGAACUGUAUUGUAUUCUAUUUCUGGCAAUAAAACACUUCAUAAGUAUACUAA